AUGAAGGUCUCCCUCCUCAGUGCCAUUGCCCUCUUCGCGGCGGCGGCUACCGCCCAAACUAACAACACCAUUGCGGACAUCAACGGCCGCGCUCGAACGUUGCAGGAGGUUAUUCUCGAAGUAGACGAUGAAGUAGACGAUGCCGAGUUGAACCGCGAGUGUCACAAACAAAACGGCAACUACAUCGCGUCCCUCAAAGCCGGUCAGUACUCGACCAGUGCGUUCCACAACUGCUUCCGCACCCUCAACCAAAUUUACGAGUUCACCGACACCUUGGUCGAACAAAACCCGAAGUUGCUGAGCAAGAUUGCCAUCUCCAAGACGUACAAUGGGGCCACGAUUUACGGUUACAAGCUGACCAAGGGCCACUCGCAGUCGUUGUACUUUCAAGCCCUGCAACAUGCCCGCGAAUGGAUCGCGGGGUCGUCGAUUCUGUUCUCGUUGGCGUCGAUUCUGGAUGACAUUGCCAACAAGAACCCCACGGCCGCCGACGAGUACGACUUGUACUUUGUGCCAAUCGUCAACAUUGACGGCUUCGAAGAGACGUGGAACGGUAUCCGGUACCAGCGUAAGAAUGCCAAUGGUGUUGACUUGAACCGCAACUGGCCGAGCCUGCCCAACCCCGAAAGCAUUCACCCAGACGACGACACGUACCCUGGACUUGAGCCGUUCAGUGAGCCUGAAACAGCGGGCAUCAAUGAUUGGCUCAAAACCAAGCGCAAUGAAAUCAAAGGGUUUAUUGACAUUCACUCGCACACACGCUUGGGGCUCAUCUUGUACCCGUACGCAGACAAUAAGCAGCCCAUCGGCGGGGGGUUUGACGAGAAGUUCGACGUCCUCGGCCGUGGAUUGGAAAGCGUCCUGUGGGGGGUACACCGCUAUACCGAUUACUCGUUCCGUGAGUUCAAGAAGCCUGUCCUGCAGUUUGAAAUUAUCGGCCAUGAUUCUGUCGUGGAUGUGACGACCAUCAAGACACGCGGCCUCGAAGUGUACAAAGCCUUCAACCAAUUCGCCAAGGAAGUGACCGUGUUCAACGGCUGA